AAUUGCAUUACUGUAAACGUUUGGACAUAAGCGAGAAGCAAAAUCAAUAAAACUAUCGAAAGACUAGCCAUCGUGUUAAACAGUGAACAGUAAAGGCGAAUGAAAUUUCCUUAAUUUGAUAUAAACAGAAAGCGGCAGGCGAGACGAAGUAGCUUUAAGGAAGGAAUUUGGAGUUAUUAAGUUGGCGUUUCAACGGAACACACGGCAGGUAUCCUCGCGAGUAGACGCCGUGCUUGGUUUCCUGAACAAGGUUUCAGAAGAAUUUAUAUUUAUCUAGAGAACUAUUUUGAUAUAUCCAUCAAAUCGUUGAGUGUUGAAUUAAAUACAAUAAUGAUUAAAUUUGACGAGAGACACAACUCCUGGAAGCAUUAAAAGACGAAAGCUGAUAUUGUAGAAAACUCAAGUAGACUACCAAUGGUUCUUAGUUUUUAGUGGAUGAUUUCUGAACGAAGCACGAAAGGGUGAAUCAUACCUACUAAGUACCAAGUUCCGCUAAGCUUUUCAGAAACAAGCUAUAGAAAAUUGAAUGAGUUACUGAAAGUGAGCGGUGUUCGAUACACGAUUCUAAUAGCUUGUCUCCCUUGUACGGUUGAUAUUACUCUGGCUCGAGAGCGGUUCGUGUAUAGUAGCGCGCGACAGCUGAUGGUGGUGCCAUUAUUCGAUAUUUGGAUUACAAGACAAAAGCCUGUUUAGAUGUAGAGAGACUGUUAUGUGAUUUCUAACCAACAACAUGUUAUUUACAGUUAUAUACAAGGGUAUGAUUGGUGCAGUAUUCUAUACUCUUUCAUUACAACUUAUCUUUGUAAUCACCUCUGCCGCUGAACGAUGCACUAAAGCUGUUCCGGUUCAGACUCCAGCUAAAAGAGUUCAUGUAUUAAAGCGUGUACCAGCAGCCUGUUCUAAUUGGGAUAAAUCAUGGACCUGGUUAACUAAAGUUGAUUGCGGAACAAAAUAUAGAUUAGAUUAUGUAACUGUUGCACCAAAAGAAAUUCUAAAAUACAAAUUGGAAUAUGUAUGUUGUAAUGGUUAUCCUAAUUGUGAAAAAGAUAUAGGUCUCCAUGCCACGGGAUUUGAUACUUCAGAUGAAAAGUUUCUGGCCAUUGUGUUAGGCUCUACAGCAGCUGCCAUCAUCAUACUGGUUAUAGUGAUCACCAUUAGUCUUUGUCAUAAAAGAAGAGGGCUGCAAUGUCCGUUAUUUUGUGAAGAAAACAGUCACAUAUAUGAGACAGCAGACGAUGACCCAGGUGAAUCACAAGGUGAAGGAGAAUUAGACAUAUGCGUAGGUGAACAUGAUUCGAGACCAUGUGAAGCCAUGUAUGAAGAGAUCGGUGACAGUAAAGUAGAUAAAUCGGGCCAGGAAGAUCUUGUUCCUCGCUAUACCGAUAUAUUCAAAGAAAAAGAAAAAUUAGCAGCACAACAAGAUUUUAUGGCAGCCUCCGAUCCUUUUAAUAAUGCUACGGCUCCCCCGCUUACCCCUGCUACCAGGGAUAUAGACUAUGCCAAUGGCAGUAAUGUAACUCAAGUAAAAGAAGUUCUAACUGAUACGGCUAGAAUAUUGGAACAACAAAACGCAAGUGAUGACAUUUGCUCAGAUACUGAGAAAAACUAUUAUAACUGUGGUGUGAAAAAAGACAUUAAUAGUGCUGAAGAUUCUCCCUCCUUACUGAACCCGAAAUCUUCUAACGACUAUGAUUCUAUAUCAAACACUUCAAAUUGCUCAAAUUAUGAACAAUUAUUAGACCCUGUGCGAGAUAACGUGGAGGUUCAUCAUUAUCAACAUCUGUUAAAUAAAACUCCACCAGAUGGUGCUGACGAUACCUCACAGUUACCGGAACAGAGUUCUACAUCGUUAUUAGCUGUAAAUGGGCGCGUGGAGGCAGCUAACUGUUGAUAUUUUAACGUGAUCUUAUAAAUAUAUUGUUUUAUUCAUUUUAAACAUUUCACCUUUUUAACAAGAAAAAAAAGGACUGUUUCAAUUAAUGUGAACUGUCAAUAAUGUAAUCGAAGAAGUCUCAUAGCAGCAAAAUUUAUUAGUGUUUUUUACCAUCAAGAAUUAAUGUGAAAAAACAGAUGAAUGACUUUCUGCCUUGUGUAUAAAAUUAUGUGGUAUGGUUUUUAACAAAUCUAUAAAUCAUGGUUUUUUUAUUUAAAAAAUGUCAUCAAUUUUACAGAAUAGAACAAGUCUACUUGUCAGAAUCUUAGAUAACAAUAAGCCUGCCAUGAUGACACACACAUAGUUACACUCAAAAUAAAACAUCACAUACAUCAUUGGUUGUAAGAAAUACAUAUAUUGCAAGUAGACAGAAAAUAGUUAGAUAUGUCAUAUAUUGAUUCCAGUUUAUUGGUUUAAAGAGGAAAGAGUGAUCAAUUUUACUUGAUUUGACUACAUGCAUUCACACAGGAUGCUCGUAAUAGAUCAUUUGUAACUUUUAGAUCUAUAAUAUAUUUUCUUAAUAGAGGUCUGAGAAUGUUGUAUUGGAAGCAAAAUGAAUCACCAGGGUAAAGAAUCGAGUGAUAUUUAUAGAAUAUGUUGCUUUGUUAAAUUCUAUAAAAUCCAAAACCUUGAAGAUUUUAUUUGACAAUAUGACUAAGUCUUUUAUGUUGAAAUUUUGGGGGAAAUGGAAAUGGCUAAUAAUUUUGAUGCAUUUGUUGCAGGGCUCCCAUUUCAGUCCUAUUUUGUCAGUUUUGACUGACUGGCAGUGAAAUUAACCAACUGACAGUCAAUUAAGCUGCCACUAAAUAGUUAAUCAUAAUGAUUAAUUUGAAUAAAACAUUAUAUUAUAUAUAUUUUAUAUAUAUGUGAUGCAUUCCAUAGAAUGAAUGUUGUAUUAAAGAAUACAUUUCUUAUUUUUAAUUUUCAAUAUUAAGACUUUGUGGAGUCUUCUGGCGAAUGUUUAGCCAAACUUUUUGUGACCUGCACCUUUUAUGUGCGAAUAAUAUUUUGCAUUCACAUUGCCAAAUAAAGUUCACUGAAUUGUGAAUUCAUCAUCUGCUACAAAAAUUGUCAAAAUUGUUAUGCUGCAGUGGUCAUGUACCCUUCCACUAGAAUUGCAUCUAUGGAUUUAAUGAUUCAACCAGGCCAAUGUGAGAUUAACAUUUCACAGUACCUCGCAAUAUAAAAUUAUAAUCCAAUUUCCUUUCACAUUGGAUUAUAUUAGUGCUAUUCGAUUUAGAAUUACCUGGGGGUUGGGGUAGCCUUAUCAAAGUGGCAUUCUUACCCAUGCAGGUAGAUUUAAACGUGGAAUGGCCUUCACAAAUACACAUUAAUUAUUUCUUCUACCAGUGAUCCACCAAUACACAUGAAUUAUUCCUUCUGCCAGUAAUAACCCAAAGUAUUUUAAUCUAAACAUUUUUAGUUAACAGUGGGUGAAUUGAAUAUUUCCUCCCACACUAUUUGCCAAACUAUUUGUCAGUAUGAAACAAGGUAUAAAUUAUUAAAUUUUUGUAUAAUUAUUUUUUUGACGUAAUCAUCUUAAAUUACUAUCCAAAGAAUAGAAUGCCAUUGGGCACUUUUGUUUUGUUAAAUUCAAAUAUUUCUGGCUCAUAUAAAUGUAAUUUUGUCUAAUGCUUAACAUCUAUGGCAAGAUAUAAAUGAGAUAUGGAAUGUCACACAACUAAUAUCUAAUUAUAGUAUUUGUUUCCUGUGAUAUAAUAUGCAGAUAAAAAUGUCAAACUAUUGCUAUAAUUUAUCAGUGCAAUUGCUCUGUGAUCAUGUUAUUUGUAAGGUAAAAUGUUAGAUUAUAUUGGGAUGAAUUAAAGGAUAUAUUUUAGUGAAUAAAACUGGUUAAUUUGAAGCUCGGAGGUAUUUGUUAUUAAAGAAAUGCUGUCUAUGUACUGUGAAAUUAUAGUGAUAAUCACAAUUUUCAAAUCAUUUAUACAAUUGAAAAAUGAAGUUCUUUAAAUGAAUUACGUAACCCUGGUAAUUAAUCUACAGGGCCUCAUUUUGGCAUUUAGUUUCCUGUUAUAUCUAGGAUUGAUGAUUUAAAGUUGGUAAAUUUUUCUAUCAAGGAAAUAUAUUGAAUAUAGGAAUAGGAAUAUUUCCUAUCUGAUUAAACGACUUCCUUCAUCUUUAACCAAUUUGAUUUAAAUAGUAUCCUCCAUUUUACCAAUUUAAUUUAACAGAAUCUUUCAUUCUUACCAAUUUAGUUUAAACACAUCUGAAUAUCUUACCAAUACUAAUCACAUUUGUCAUAUAGUAUUUAUAUAUAUAUUUUUAAUAAGAGAUCAAUAAUGUUUAACUUUAGUUUGAAUUGUGCUAAGUAUUAGUGAAUUAAACUUAUUAAAGGAACACUCUUGCUGGCUUGAAAGCUCCAGAAAAUAAAUAAUAUCUCUAUCUAAGUACUACAUGUUUAAGUGUCCUACCUGUUGUGUAAAUUAUCCAUUACAUCCUAUUUUACUUGUCCAGAGAGUUCGAAAAUAUUUUUAAAUCGAUGUUUCAUUUGAAAAGGUUUACGUUAGACGUUUCAAACCAUUAUGUUGAAUUUUUCAAAAUUUUUAAAUAAGGUGUGUUAAGAUGAAAUUUGUAUCAUCAAUUAAUUGAAAUAUUCUAAAAUAGUACAAUUUGUUGACCAGAAUAAAAAUUGGGACAUAUUAUUCAGUUACAACAAGAGUGGUAUUGAGCCUUUAAGAAUUUUAGAGUUAUUAAUAUUAUUCUGAUAUAUUUAUUUGUGAAUCUGUAAAGCAUUAUUUAUUAAUUAUUUGCUGGCAGUAUAACUAAAGGGAGAACAGGCUUGGAUUAGAAUUGCCAUUUGUUCCCACUUUUUUGGUCUCCAAAUAAAUCACUUUAAGAAUAAGUUUUAUCAUCAUAAAUUGGAAUAUUUCGAAAGAUAACUGAAUAUUGAAUGAUAUGAUAUCCGUCGUUUACACAUCCCCAUAUUAGUAUUAGACUUUUUAUUAUUAGAUGGUUAAGACCAAAACUGUUGAUUUUAUUUAACAAAAAUGCAGGAUUUUAGAGGGUUGCAGAACUUGGAAGAAAUGGGGUAGUUAUAUCGCACUAAUCUGCUUUAAAAUACCAAAUAUAAUGUUAUGAUGAAAAAUGUUUAAAGUGUACCCUUGGAGACCACAAAUAAGCAGAUGAAAUUGGCUUCAGCGGAACCUGGAAAUUUAAUAGAGCUUGUAGUCCCUUCAUUUGUUUGUUAUUUAUUAGUUAUAUUUAAGGGUAUUGAAAAUGUGUUUUAAUUUAUUUACUAGACAAUUUAACAAUUAUAAUUAACUCAACUAUAGUUGAUUUAAUGGGAAUUUGGAGAUUUUAUUUGUUAUAGAUUUUCAUCUGGGCCAAAAUGAUUUUACAAAUGAGCUGUGACAUUUUUGUUCAAUAAUUGUUGAAUACAUCAUUAGAGAAAAGCCUAUAAUGUAGGUAUUGUUUUAUUUAUUUAAGUAUUAGUUCUGUGUAUCUGUGAACCUUUAAAAGGUCAAGUUAUGUAUAUAUAUAAAUUGAAUUCAAAAUAUUUACUGCGAUAUUGUGCGGUAUGUAUUAUAUAUAUGAUUAUAUAAUAUAACUGCCUUCUUGUAAAUUAUCUUGCUUAUAAAGAGAAUUAAAUUAUUCAUCUUUUAAAACAAAUCCUUAUCUUUCUGCUCUACUUUGAAGUGACAAAGGUGAAAUUGGAUCACCAACUUCCUCACCUUUUGAGCUCUCAAACAGAACCCUGGUCACAAUUACAAUUAUAAGGUACCAUAACUGGCACAGAGCUGGGGGACUGGAGAGGGUGACCCCAGAAAUGUAUGUAGGGGGUAGAGUUGCUAGUUUCAAUUUUGGAUUUUACCUGGUGUCUCUAGUUUUGUCCCAUAAAAAGGAAGUAAAACCUCAUUUCUUUCUUACCAAAGAACUAGUUUGUCUAAAGUUACUCUCAGACACCUAGUGACAAAAAUAUAAAUAGCUGUGAUUAGCCCAUGCAUGGAUUACUUUCGAUAUUGGUGACACUACCCCUUAGUGUAAUUACUGUUGAAUCUUGAAAGCCACCUGACAAUGGUCUAAAAUAUGCACUUUAGAUCACAAGGUCUGGCAUUGAGUCCAGUGGAUCUCAAGCUUGUAUGUGACAAAGAGUAGGGUUUCCUGUCUAUCCUGAGAGCUUUCCCUGGCUCCUCUUGUUAUUGAAAUAUAAUUGGAUCAUAUGU